AUGUCCUCUCCUGCAAGCCUUCCCGAACACGUUUUGACCCUUUUGAAAACGUCCAAAUACCUUCAUUUGGCAACUUGUUCCAAGCCAGAGUGCAUCCCUUCAGUUUCUCUAAUGAACUACACAUACAUCUCUCCAGAAAGGGUGUACAAGCCAAAAAGCUCCGUUUCGAACUACAGUGCUGAUGCAGCAGACAAGGGUGGUCACUACAUAAUCAUGGCAACUCAGAAGAACACUGAAAAGUACGAAAAUAUUCUUCAUAACCCACAAGUGUCGGUUUUGAUCCACGAUUGGGUUACGGCCAAGAAGCUGUCGCUGAGGAAAAGCAGCAUGUCCAACACGCCAACGCCAGCAGAAUCGUCGCAGGAACUAUCGUCGCAAGCUGCUAACGCAGAUCAUCCUAGUAGGCUCCUAAAUCUGCUACAAGAACUAAAUCAAUCAGAACUUUCGCAAAUGAGUGCCACUUUGCAAGGUCAUGCCGAACACCUUGACACCUUCAGCGAUGAAUUCGACUACUACGAGCAAGAGCUUUUGAAAGCAAACCCCGACGCUCGCGUUUACACCAGAGGCGAAAACGUGUCUGUAGUCAAAGUCAAGCUCGUCAACGCCAAAGUGUCCGACAGCGAAAACAACACAAAGUUCUAUGAUUAA